AUGAAUACGUCAUGUGAAGAGAUCAGAAAACGUGUCAUGCCGCCGAUACCGAUGGAUACAAUGGCAUUUGGUGUUGCUUAUGCUCGAAUAGUCUACAGGGAUUACACACUGAUCGAGGAUGAGCUUCGCUCUAGUUACCAUCCACAAAACUUCUUCUGCUAUUCUAUUGACCAAAAAGCUGAUAAGGAUUUCCACGAUAAAAUAAAGCAACUUGCUGUUUGCUUUCCUAACGUUCUAAUAACACCA